GGCGCACUAUGAGAAUUACAAGGAAACAGCAGGAUUCAAGCUACUCAUGAUCAUGAUCUAUGGACAGCCUGAGGCACCACCAAAGUCACCGGACCACACAUGAAUGCAACGGGACAUGCUGCUCUGACAAGGAGACAGACUUCUCCACUAGUGCAGAUUUGAAGACAGUGGACUGUAGCCAAACAGUUGCAACUUCAGAAAAAUACAGCAGUCAUGACAAAACUGCUACAAAACCCACUGAAACCACCCUCACUCUCCGGAUGUGACUUUCUCACGUCAGAACAGUCCAUUGCACAUCAACACAAGCAGAAACACAAGCAGACAGGUGUUUGCAAUCCGUUCGCACAUCACAACCUGUGUUGAUUUCUUUGUUUCUGUCUUAGGCACAGCGCUGCACUCCUAGCAAAGGCUCUAGCAUGAGUGCCAGACAGGUCACACCUACAACAAUAAAGAAUAGGGCAGCCCCGCGUUAGCUUGCAUCUAUGGCUUGUGUCCCCAUGCAUGCAAGCCAAGGCGGGGACUGCACCACUCGAUCAAGCUCCUCUCAUAGGAUGCCCGCUGCAAUACCAGCGCUAAAAGAGGCCCCAGCAGGCAAUCAUAGCUAGGCUCACGUCGCACAACCAACCUCUAGCAACACGUUGUCGGGUCCUCAACAGGCAAGACAAGUCAAAUAAUUGGCUCGGCAGCAUCAACUUUUCUCACUUCACAGGGCCUCUAGCUGUUCCUUGCACUAGUCUACCCUGCAAGGACUGACCAAAUGCAAUGCCCUUUCUUCCUUAGGUGCCCAGAACCGCC